UCAGAACACCAUACAGAGAUGCUGGGUGAAGAUGAAAAAUCUCGCUGGUACUAAAAAGAAGUCGGUUAUUCCCGGCAUCAUAUACCUGGGUCACAUUCCACCUCGUCUCCGGCCUCGCCACAUCCGAAACAUGCUGAGUGUCCAUGGAGAAGUGGGGCGUAUUUUUCUGCAAGUAGAGGGUGUUUUUUUUUUUUUUACUUUUUUGGCAGAUCGUGCAAUUCGCAAUAAGAAAAAGAAAGCCGGCAGCAAUGCCCGCGACUUUAUAGAGGGCUGGGUGGAAUUCCGGGACAAGCGUGUGGCCAAGCUGGUAGCUACAAGCCUGAAUAACUCCCCAAUGGGCACACGGAAAAAGAACCGCUUCCAUGAUGACCUGUGGAAUAUGAAGUAUCUGCACCGUUUCAGGUGGUCUCACCUCAGCGAGAGGUUGGCCAUUGAGAGGCAAGUGCGGAAGCAGAGGAUGCGUACUGAGGUGUCUCAGGCCAAGAGAGAAACCAAUUUCUACUUGCAGAACGUAGAGCGCAGCAAAAAGUUCUCCAAAGCAGACCGUAAGAGAGCAAUUGAGCCAGGGAACAGCACAAUCCCUGACAAGCAGUGGAACUUCACGCAGCGUAAGACAGAGGCUGAAAUACAGGCCCUCAAGGCAUCUGGGGACAAGAAACGAAUCCAGAAGAGGCAGGAGCAGGCAGAGCGUGCACAGGAGAGAUCACAGACUAAUCGCUCGCUACUGCAGAAAAUAUUCAAUGCUUCUUGA